GAGGCAGCGGCAUUGGCGGAUUUUUAAACAGAAGAAUCUGACAGAGGGGAAAGGAGGUCUGCAGCUGCAGGUGGAGGCUGUUUGGGGAGGAAGAUGAGGGGGCAGCCAGGCCCAGCUGAUCCAAAAGCCAGAAAAGGCCCUGAUUUCAUCGAGGCUGCGAGCAGAAGGGGACCGUGGGAAGGAACCGUGCAGAGGAGCCUGGGAGACGACAACUUCCCUUCAGAUGCGCAGCGCCAGCAAUUCAGGCACUUCCGCUACCAGGAGGCUAAAGGGCCCAGAGAGGUUUGCAGCCAACUCCACCAUCUGUGUCUCCAGUGGCUGAAGCCAGAAAGGCACAGCAAGAAGGAGAUGCUGGACCUGGUGCUCCUGGAGCAGCUCCUGGCUGUCCUGCCCCCGGAGAUGGAGCACUGGGUCCGGGGAUGCAGGCCGGAGAGCAGCUCCCAGGCGGUGGCCCUGGCCGAAGGCUUCCUCCUGAGCCAGGCAGAGGAGAAGAAGCAGGAGCAGCAGGGUCUGGUGACCUUGGAGGAGGUGUCUGUGCGCUUCACGGAGGAGGAGUGGGCCCUGCUGGAUCCGGACCAAAGACGCCUUCACAAGGAGGUCAUGGAGGACAACCGUCAGAAUGUGGCCUCUCUGGGUAAGGUUCUCUUUCCUCUUGAGUCACAGAUGCUUAAAAAGGACUCUAGUAGGACUCUUUCAACAGAGACUUUCAGUAGGGCAGUGGAGCAGCUCCACACACAGGCAAGGAAGGGGCUUGGUGUAUGUAGUGGACUUCCCAAGUCAGCCAAAAGGAAUACCUCCUUCCUCUCCUCCCAAACUCACCAUGGAGGACUGAGCAGGCCCUUUAUUCUUCAGAGGCACAAAAUCUUGAGUGUAGAUAAAAAUCCAUUGAAAGCAGGGAAGGCAGAAGGAUUGGCCUCCGUAACAGUUUAUGGGACGUCAACGGGACCUUCUCAAGGGCCUUUCAGAGCAGCUGAGGAAACUCGCAUUCUUUUAGCAUUAGCGUUGUACCACGUCCUGGAAGAUGUUUCCGUGGCCCAAGGACCUCACCAUCUGCCACUGGACAGGAAGAGCAUAGCUGUGGGAGGGAGGGGGCCGAAGCGGUGAUUUAGGGCCAUUCUACUUCAUUAUACUUACACCAUUGCAUGCAUAGGCUCGUGUGUAGAAAAACAAGGUGGCAGAGUCCUGAAGAACAAAACCCAAGAAAAUAGGAUUUUAGCAGGUGAGGUUUCAGUCUCUGUCAAGAAGAGCUUUGCCUGCUGAAUUCCUUUGUGCCCGGCUGCUAUGAAAUUCGAAGGAGCAGGUCCUGUCAGGAAGGUGCUAGGCUGGAGAAAAGUGCUGUUUUGAGUCGCCUUCAGCAAGAGUGGGAUAAAAAAUGUGAACUAGUGAAGUCAGAUUUAUAAGCGUUAAAAAUAAUUUUUGUGUGGUAAGUAGGAGUUUAUGGUUUUCAGGAUCCAUCACCAUCUUUUCCUA